AUGAUAAGACAGGAAAUGAAAGUUGAGAAAAUGAAAAGUGAUAUGCAACUUACUGAGCAACGAGUACUCGAUGCUUUAGAGAAACUGAAAACGGAAAGAAGUGAAUUCAAUAAGGAUCUUAUGAAGAAAGAAGGUGAUAUUGAAGUGCUUAAGGCAAAAAUGGACGAGGAGCUGAAGAGGAUGAAAGUAAAAACUGAGGAAACAAUCAAUAACUAUUCAAAAGAAGUACAGAAAAUACAGGAUUUGACAUUUACGCCAAUUGUUGCAUUCAAAGCAGACACAGUCACUGAUAAAUCGUUAGAAAACAACAAGGUGUUUGUCUACUCAAAUAUUAUUAUCAACAUUGGCGAUGCUUAUAACAAAGACACUGGUGUGUUUGUGGCACCCGUUAGUGGAUUAUAUCUGUUUACAGCACAGGUCUGUAUAAACGGUAACAUGAAGGUAUAUGCUGGAAUCGUCGUUAAUGGUAGACUCAUCUCUAAAACAGCUAUAGGAGAUAAAUCGUGGUGGAAAUGUUAUACCAUUGAUGCAAUCACAGCGGUUGAAAAAGGAAACGAAGUAUCGGUAAAAUGUACAAAUAGCUGUGACGUCAGUGACAAUUUAGGCGAAACCUCAUUCGCAGUUAACAGCUUUUCUGGCAUUCUUAUUCAUAAAACAGUUUAA